GCCGUCAUAGUACCGGCGCGGCGCUCACGACCAGCGCACGCGCAUGCUGAUAAACCCGCUGUAUAAAAGGACACGAUCCCUUACUCUCUUUCAUUUGACUCUUCUCCUUCGCGCGAGAAAAAGUAAAAGUCUUUGGUAAAAAAGAAUCGAAGUGUGUCACAAUGUCAACUGGAGCAAUGAGACACGGUCAUAGUCACGAUGAUGACACAGAAGGCGUCGUCCUGGCCAAGGGAGUCGCCAUGGCGGUCCUGUUCUGUGCUUCCAUGAUCUGUGGUAUUCUCCCGCUCUUCCUGGCGAAGAAGUUCCGCUGGAUCUCCGCGGACGAGGCCGGUAAUCUCAAGUCCACGAACAGGGUGGUGAUGACCCUGCUGUCAUUCGGAGGAGGAGUCCUGCUGUCCACGACCUUCAUGCAUCUGAUCCCGGAGAUCCAGGAGAACGUUGAGUAUCUACAGAGACUCGGCUCUCUAAACGAAUUCGACUUCAGUUUGACUCCUCUUCUGACAUGCUCCGGCUUCUUCAUAAUGUAUCUGGUGGAGGAGCUGGUCCACAUGUACAUCCACCACCGGGAGAGGAAGAAUGGCACUGCUUCUCCGCUCGUGAGGAACCUCAGUGUGCGGAGAAGUCGCGCCAGUUCCACAGACCACUCUGGCGAGAAGAGCGUCACUAAUUCCACUGCGGAUCUUAUUGACCCUAAUUCUAUUAAGAAAUCUAAGGAUCCGGAACAAGACCUGCCUCACAGUCACAACCACGACGGCGGUCACCACAGCCACAUGCCGGUAGCGAACGUCGGCGAUGACGUCACGUCAGCCCUUCGCGGCCUGCUCAUCGUUCUGGCGCUCUCCAUCCACGAGCUCUUCGAGGGAUUGGCUGUUGGACUCGAAUCUAGUACAUCGCAUGUGUGGUACAUGUUAGGUGCAGUUUCAGCUCACAAGCUUGUAAUAGCUUUUUGCAUUGGUGUUGAAUUAAUUGCCACGCGUACCAAAACUUGGCUGUCUGUUGUGUACAUCACCACAUUCGCCAUAGUGUCACCUCUUGGGAUCGGCAUUGGUUUGGCUUUGGUUGGCGGUGGUGGCGCGACAGCUGCCGGCAUCUACUCGGUUGUGCUGCAAGGAUUGGCUUCAGGAACUCUACUCUACGUGAUAUUCUUCGAAAUAUGGAAGGGAGACAGAACUGGCAUCUUGCAGUUUAUCGCUUCAAUAGUUGGCUUCCUCAUCAUGUUUGGAUUACAACUUCUAACCGGACACUCGCACAGUCAUGGUGAUGAAGAUACCGCCUCCGAAGUGGACACCAGACACUUCCAUCAUUAGAAGCAUAGCUUAGAUAAUAAUAUUUAUGGGAAAAAAUACCUACUACUUAUUUAAACCAAAUUUCAAUUAAUUUUCAUUUUGAUAUAUAAAUGUGAUAUUUACAGGUAGUUACGAAAGUUUAGGUUAAGAAAUAUUUUAGACUCCUUCAUGUUAACCUUUUGUGAAAGAAGCAUGCUCUAACAGCGUGACAUGUACAGUUAUUGUUUAUAGAUUUGUAACUUGAGGGAGUCGGAAUCAAUUGUUUGUUAGUAAAAUUGCUUAUAAUGUUUACUUAGGUACAUACUUAAUACUACAUAUGUUAGUAAAUAGAAAUUCGAUUAUUGCAAUUUGUUAUAAUUUUAUAUCCCAUCAAGGAUAAUUGAAUUGAUUGAGAUUUAUCUAUUAUUUUAAAAUUAUAAUACCGUAUAGGUAUCUCACCUGAAUACUUAUUACAUGAUAUCUAUAGGUUAACUGAAUUGCUAGCUUAUGAAAUUUAUUUUCCUACUGACUUUUUAUUGGUUGGUGUAGUCGUAUCACUUUUUGCUUAUGAUAUGAUGGCUACGCCUAUAUGCUAACCAAUGAAAAGAUAGGAAAAAUAAAUUUUGUAAGUUAGCUAAUUUAUUUAACUAGUACUACCUAGUUAAACCUAAUUUCAGCAAAAUUAUUGUCUUUCAUAAGUAUUUUUUCGGUUAUUAUAACGUAGGUACCUAUCAUGUUCUAUUUGUAUGCGCUCAUUGUUUGCAAUAAUAACAACCUACUAAUGAACGCUUUUAAAAAAUCUAAUCUAGUCACGAGUAAUGCAGGUGGAUUUCUUAGGAUAUAAUUUGUUAAACACAGUAAAAGUAUUUACACAGUAAAGUAUGUCGUAUUUUACCUAACAAUGCAUUGACAAGAGCUACUUAAUGUAAGUACCUAUGUUUAAAACAUGAAAUUAUUAGGUACUCCGUGGACUGUGUCCGUGGAGUAGGUACCUACUAAUUCCAUGGUUUAAAGACAGUCAGUACCACAUUUAUUCUGUCAAGAAAGUAAAGAAAUUAAAUGAAGGCGCUGACUAAUGUUGGCUAACAACACAGUGUUUUUGAACCAAUCUUGACCAUUCUAUUUGGUAUUGCAAUGGCAAAAAAUGUAUUUCGUCAAAAUCCAUUUCUUCACUAUCUUGAUAGACUGUAAUGUGACUAAAUUCAUAGGGUAGUAGGUAUGUACUUAAAUGUUACACUUAGUUGGCAAAGAAAUAAAUAAAAAUGGUCAUUUAUUAAUAAAAUUAGGUAGGUACUUUGGUUUUCAACGAAACUUGAUCUUUCUGUGAUAUCGAAGGGAAGUGAAGGAGUAGUAUUAACCGACAAGGAAAUAUCUUAGAUCAGAAGUACAAAACUGAUUCAUGUAUUUUAUAAUAAUGUUUGUAAAAAUCUUAUAAAAUGUACUUAUAUUAAAUGUGAAACAACUUUGAUGUUACUUGCUCUUUUUAUGUAAAUAUUGGCUGUUGACAAUACAAAAUUAAUGUAGAAAACAUUAAAUUUGUACUCCUGAGCAUAGGCAUUUAUGUCAAUAAUAAAUUACUUCGCCAAGUACUUUUAUGGAAAUAUGUUUAUUUGUAAAUAAAAUAUGAUAAUAUUUAA